CAAAAAAGGGCGGACUGGUUCCUCCCUCUUUUUCUCUCUCUCUCUCUCUCUUUUUCUUUCUUUUUUCUUUUUCCCCCCCUUCCCAAUACCUCAAAAGAAGAAAGUCAAAAAAGACAUGUCUCGAUUAAGCUCUCCCGCAGAAUGGGUGGCACCUUUGACACCGAUUAUCUCAGUGUUACUUUUACCUUUGGGACCUCUCUUCUUUCCUAAAGCCUAUGUGGCUAUUCUGUUUGUGUAUUUUACUGGAUUUUUAUAUCAACAAGUAAACCAUGUCUGCAAGUUUUAUUUAUCAUCUGUGAAAAUUAAGGCCAAUGUAGAUAAAUGGAAUGCUCUUAAUCGUAAUGACAAGACAGAAGAGGACAAGGCUAAAAUUGCCUCGGAAACGCCUCUGCAUAACCGCUCAAAUACAUUUGUCGAGGUGGAAGAACCUUUAGUGAUCCAAGAAACAAAGUAUAUUCAUACCUUUGUGAUUCCCAACUACAGUGAACCCGAGGCUUUGUUAAAGGAUACCAUUGGCAAGUUAGCAGCUCACAGAAAUGCUAGCACAAAUUAUGUGAUUAUUUUAGGCAUGGAGGCUUCAGAAGAAGGUUGGGAAGACAAGGGAGAACGUUUAAAAGAAUAUUUCGAAGGCAGAUUUCAUGGAUUUAUCAUGACAGGUCAUCCAGUGGGUAUCCCCGGAGAGUAUCGUGGUAAAGGAUCGAAUGUCAAUUAUGCUGUCCGUAAUGGAUGUGCUGAAAUGUUAAACAGAGGUUAUGAUCGUCGACAAAUUAUCUUGACCGUCAUGGAUUCUGAUGCCGCUAUUCCUGAAAUGUAUAUCCUCGAAGUAGAAGAAGCUUUGAUGAAAUCUGAUGAUCCUUAUUAUACUAUCUGUGCUCCUCCCAUCUUCUUUUCUCGUAACUGUGCUCAGGUCCCUGCUUGUGUACGUAUGGCAGAUAUCACUUGGGCUGCCAUGGUGAUGUCCAACUUGAGUAACUCAAAUGGUCUUUGUGUUCCUUGCUCCAACUACACUCUUUCCUUCAUCUUGGCUGAAAGAGUCGGUUAUUGGGAUGUCGACGCUGAUGCCAUUGGUGAGGAUAUGCACAUGUGGCUCAAGUGUUUCUUUAAAACAGACGGUCAUGCUCGUACUGCUCCCAUCUAUGUUCCCAUCAAUCUGACCAAUGUCCAAUGUGAAGGUUACUUGGCUAAUGUCAAUGCUCGUUAUGUGCAAGCCAAACGUCAUUUCCAAGGUGUAGCCGAUUUAGGUUACACUUUACGCCACAUGAUUCUCUCUUACAAGAACCGUAAGAACCAAAAGGGGUUAUUGGAUAGCCACAUGGCUACUUCCAGCUUCUAUGAUAAAUUAUCUGCCUGUGCAGUGAUUUUGGAAGCCCAUUUGAUUCCUGCUUCCUCCGGUUGGUUAAUGUUUGCAGCCGUUCCUUUAAUCCAAUUGAUCCUGUUCCCACCCUUUCCUUGGAUGGCUUUGACCAACCCAGCGAACAACCCUUUAUUGGCCAGCGAUUUCUUUUUCAAAUUAUGGACGGUUGUCAAGAUGAUUACAAUCUUUUUACCUUUCCCCUUGUUUGGUACAUUAGCUAUCUAUGAACAUUUGCAUCGUUACAUUGACCGCGAAUUUUAUCAUAAGCCCGCUACGCGUACCUGGAAAAAUUGUGCGGACUAUGCUUCUUUACCUAUCGCCGCUUGGUUAUUCCUGACAUGGCCUUCUUCCGUGAAUUGUGUUAAACGUUUGUUUUCUGGUGAAGAUGCUUAUGUUGUAGGAGCCAAGAUCUUUAAAGAAGAUGAGGAUAAAGAAAGAUUAUCAUAGAGAAAAAAAAACUUUUACACACACACACACACACACACAUUUAUUUCAACUUUUUUUUAAUAUUAUUUCCCCCACAAACACACCUAUCAUCAUUUUUUUUUAUAGCUCAUAUUACACAAAGCCCAAACUUAAUUUUUUUAAAAAAAAAAAAUCCCUCAAGGAACAUUGAUUUGCCUUUUUAUAAAAUAAAACCAAUUUUUUACCCAU